UUUUUGACUUUAUUAUUUUUUAAAUAUUUUGAUAUGGGAAAUAUUUUGCCUUGUUGUAAAUCAGCAAAUUGGGCAGCAAUUGAACGAACAAAUAUUAAAAGGCAAAAACGCUUUGAAGAAGCAAAACGAAAUGUCGAUGAAUAUGGACAGGAUCCAAGUGAAAGAGAAAAAAUUAGAGGAAUGUCAUUAACAGAAUUACAAAAAGCACUUCAAACUGAAGAAUUAACAGCUACACAAACACUUUAUGCCUUUGCAUAUUAUGCAUUGGAAGUGAAUGAGAAAAUUAAUUGUAUUGCCGAAUUUUUUAUUGAAUCUUUUGAGGAAGCCAAAAAACUUGACAAAGAAUUUGAGAAGAAGGAGAAACCUCCACUUUUUGGUCUUCCAUUUAGCGUUAAAGCUAAUUUUUUUAUUAAAGGUUAUGAUUGUUGUAUUGGAAAUGCUCGUUUGUUAGACAAUCCACGUACGAAAGACUGUACUUUUAUUACAUUACUUCGCCAACUUGGAGCCGUUCCAUUUUGCUAUACAAAUGUGCCACAGACUUUAAUUAGUUUUGCUUGCUCAAAUCCUGUUUAUGGGACUACUAAGAAUCCUUAUAAUGCUUUAAGAACUCCAGGAGGCUCCUCUGGAGGUGAAGCUGCACUCCUAGCUGCCCGAGGCACAGCAUUUGCAACUGGUGGUGAUGUAGGCGGUUCUUUGCGUAUUCCUGCCCAUUUUUGUGGAGUUACUACUUUAAAGCCUUGCCAAGCUCGUUUCCAAAUUCAACAAGCAUUUCAAGGUUUGCCUGGUAUUGGACGAUUAGGAUUGGGAACUGGAGUUUUUGCACAUACAGCAGAGGAGUUAACAUUUUUGCUUACCCAUAUACUUGGCAAUGUAGAAUAUCAUAAACUUGUGCCUGAAAGUAUUCCUCUUCCUCUAAAUUUGCAAAAAAUGGAAGAAUUUGAGCGACGUUGGGAAGCUAAACAAUUGCGGAUUGGUUAUAAUUUUGAUGAUGGAUUUAUUAAACCUGUCCCCGCUUGUGCGCGUGUUGUUGAGCGUUGUGUUGAGAUUUUGCGAUCUUCGGGACAAGAAAUGGUUUAUUUCCCCAUUCCUGAACCAGAAAAAGCUGCCAGUCUUUUGUUUAAAAAUAUCGCUUGUGAUGGUGGUGCUUUUCUUAAGAAAACAUUUUCUGAAAAUCCAGUUGACAAAUAUUUAAAAAGAUUUGCUUUUAUGUUAAAGUUCACUGAACAAUGGCUGGCUUCAAAUUUAGAUUUGCUGAUUGUUCCUGCUUUUUCUUUUCCUGCAAUUCCUUAUGAUGCAUGCAGUGAUCUUGCUGCUGCGGCAUUCGAAACUGGCUUAUAUAAUGUAUUUUUUGUAUUAAAUUUUUUGAUAACAUGUUUUCAGAUGCUUGAUUAUCCUGUUGGUUGUUUGCCCGUUGACAAAGUAACAUCUGAAGAUGAUAAAGCACUUGCAGACGAAACUCAAUGGGCAACAGAUUGGAAUCCUAUCCUAAAAAGAAUUCGUUACGCAGCAGCAAAUUCUGUCGGCUUGCCUGUUAAUAUUCAGAUCGUUGGGUUACCUUUUGAGGAUGAAAAAUGUUUGGCUUUAAUGCGUAUUUUGGAAAAGAAAUUAAUGGAUACCAAAAAUGACUCGUAA